CCCUGGCGGUACUCCUCCACCCCCAUAUCCAGUCAGCUGAUUGGUGGAGACACCCCCUGACUCCCCGCCCCUAUGAAAGUUUGGUCCCAGCGGUGCAGGACUCCUACUCUAGCCUAUGAGUCCCUAACUCAAGUUCCUGCACUCGGGCGUGGGAGGGUUAACUUGAAGGGGUGGAGAUUCUCACAGGGAGGCUGACCUAACUGAGGCUGACCCAGGUCAGCCUUCCUUAGAUCUAGGAGUCCUGGUGUCACUGGCCACUGGGACGCUUGAGUACAGGCUCCUUGCUCACUUCAAGUCGGGAGAGGGCGUGGGGAGAUGCAGGGUAGCUAGAACUGUUGCCAUCUCCCAGGUCUAUGCUACUCGUCCCAAGCUGGUGGUGGCUCAGGGCACCAGACCUAUCCAAAUCAGUCCUUCCGAGGGUACUUGAUUGCCUUUGGUUGGAGAUGAAUCCGGCAGGAACGGGCCCUACAGUCUCCCCCGGGGCCGAGUCCACGGACGUGUCCCUUGGCCCACCAUUUCCCUGGCCCUGCCCACCCGACGUGAGGCUCUGUGGCCACCUGCGGAAGCAAAAGUCCCAGCGCCGCCGCUUUUUCGUUCUGCGCGCCGACCCUCCGCGCCUGGAGUGCUACGAGAGCGAGAAGAAGUUCCUCGCCAGCGGCUGCCGCCCACCUCGACCCCGGCGCAGCGUGAGUCUGGAAGGCGCCUGCACUAUCAGCAAGCGUGCGGAUGCCCGCCAGCGCCACCUGAUCGUCGUCUAUACCAGCGACAGCAGCCUGGGUGUAGCGGCUGCCAGCGAAGCGGAGCAGCAAGCAUGGUACAGCGCCCUGCUGGAGGUGCGCGCCUCUGCCGCUGCAGCUGCUGCCACUGCUAUGGGUCUCAGUCCCCAAGAGGCCCCUGAGUCUUGGAUCUUUGCCCCGUUCCAGGACGUCUGGCCUGUGACACUGCGGUCCAAGGGACUGGGGCGAGCACCAGGCCUGAGCAGCGGCACCUAUCGCCUGUGCCUGGGUUCUGGGGCUCUAAGUCUCCUGCGGAAGCCAGGAAGCAAAGGCUCCAAAGACAGCCGGGCAUCACCACCACCGGCCCUGCGCCUAUCCUUGCUCAGUGUGCGCCGCUGCGGCCAUGCAGACUCGUUCUUUUUCCUGGAACUCGGGCGCUCAGCGCCCACGGGUCCCGGGGAGCUGUGGAUGCAGGCACCUGAUGCAGUGGUAGCCCAAAACAUCCAUGAGACCGUCCUGGCUGCCAUGAAGAGGUUAGGGAGCAGUGCAGCCAGUGGCAAGGAUGAGCCACCGUCCGCAAAUCCUCCGAAGAGUGCUUCUGCAGCCCCUCCCCGGGUACCAUACGAAACCCCUGCUUCCGCAGCGCAACCAAGAAGCCCGGGUGAGAGAGCAAAGCAGGACUACCUCAAAACCUUGGGAAGGAUGGGGCCCGCACCCUCCUACAAGGAGCUAGAUCUGGGCGGGGACUACAUCACCAUGGGAGUCAGGGAUGACUACGUGCACAUGGCAGGAGGAGAGGUUGGUGACUACAUGUUGAUGGCACCCCCAGGCCUUCCCCCCAUCCCUGCCAAGAUAGCUCCUGGCAAAUCGCUCCAGGAUUGUGAGAGCACAGAGUACAUGCCCAUGAAUAGACUCUCACCAGGGCCUUUUUACUACGAGUUCAAGGCCAAGGAGCCUGAACUGGGCCAUCGAGGUACCCUCUGCAGCGUUAGGGACAGAUGGAGACCCACAGAGGCUCCGACCUGCUCUUCCCAGCUCUCAGAGGUAUCUGGGGACUACAUGUACAUCCCAGACUGUGUAGGCAUGAGCGGUGCUAAGCCCGGGUCCCUGGACAACUGCCUCAACUACGUGGACUUGGACCUAGUUCCUCCCCUGGAAGUGCCUGGAGCAGCCCCUGGGGAGAGUCCACAUGGCUAUGCCAGCAUCAAGUUCUAGAACCUUCUGGGAGAUGGUCAGGGAAGAUGCAAAAAGAAGAGAAAAAGUUGCUAGUGUACAGCUCAGCUCCUGCAAGGGGCCAAGGCCACCAUGUUCCCUGUCAGGUGCUAUGUUGCCCCCUUGCCUGCCACCACUUCCAGCCACACACUACCUACAAACCCUCAGAAAUAGAAAUUAGAAAUAAUUUCCCAAGAAAUUAGACUAUUUUUUUUUUUUUUGAGACAAGGUUUCUUUGUAGCUUUGGAGCCUGUCCUGGAACUUGUUCUGUUGAUUAGGCUAGCUUGAACUCACAGAGAUCUGGCCAUUUCUGUUUCCCAAGUACUGGGAUUAAAGGCGUGAGCCACUUCUGCCCGGCGAAUUUAGACUCUUUUAAGAGAGAAAGUUCUAGAACCUCUCUCACCCCAACCCUAAAGCCUUAAGAAGUUUUGGGCCUUCCCAGAUGAAACCUGGAUCUUAUCUGUCUCAGGCUAGCUGUGGCCAAACCAGAAAUGAGGAUUCCCUACCCAAAUUUGGACAGCCCUGUCCCCUAGAUGUUGAUAGCUAGGUAUCACUGUGUCCCCCCCAGCCCAAAGUUAUCCUCACCCAACUUUUUCAAGUCAGAGAGCUACUCCUAGGGCCCCAGCUCAAAAGUGAUGGGAGCAUCGGGGAUCAUGUUUGUGCUCCCCAGUGACCUGGCUCCUGAGCCAGCCUCCUGCGGUGUCAGUCAAGCUCCUCUGACCGUUCCUGGGCCUGACCAAGCCAACCAAGUCCUUGCUUCCUACAGCACAGCCCGUCACAUCCUGUGGACCCAAUCACCCAUUAAAGGUGCUCUGCACCCUGACUGUCUUGGCUCGAUGGAUUUCCCUGCCCCAGGUAGUGGGUGACAUGAAGGACAGGCAAGUAAG